AAGAAGAAAAAAAAAAAAAAAAAAAAAAGGAAAAACUUGAACUUAGCAUAACAGGUAUACCUAACGUGAUGUAAUGUCUAAGUCGCAAAGAUGCCGACUACCGCGCAAUCCUCCCAUCUCUCAAACACCGAAACCCUAUACCUUUCUGGCCUCUCAUUCGUUUGCGUCGCUGUCCUAAUACGAGCAUUCGAAGGAGAUGGGGAGCCUCUUGUCGCCUCUCUAGCCCUAAGCGGUAUUGCGUUCGCUGCUUCAUAUGCCAUGAUACGAUGGCUCGGCCCUACGUUCAUUAAAGCUGGUUUGAAAGGUCGCGAUCUUUCCAAGGUGAACAACAACAAUUAUAUCCCGGAAUGUAUGGGUGGCAUAUGCGCUGUGGUGUACCUAUUGAUCAUCAUUGUCUUCAUACCUUUCCCAUUCUACAAGGACAUUGUGGUCGCUACUAGUGGUGGUGGAAACCGUGAUGUGGUGAUGAAUGUCGAGUUUGUCCAGAAGGGAAGACUGCUUCACAAGUUUCCUCAUAGCAAGCUGGCCUCCUAUCUCUCUGCCAUCAUCUCUCUCCAGUCCAUCACUCUUCUUGGAAUUGGCGACGACCUGUUCGAUAUCCGCUGGCGGCAUAAAUUCUUCAUCCCUGCCUUUGCCUCUAUCCCCCUUCUCGUUAUCUACUUUAUUGACUUCGGCGUCACUUCGAUUGUGCUCCCUACCUUUCUCCAACCUUACGUCGGCCGAGAGUUGUUCGACCUCGGGAUUCUCUACUACGGAUACAUGUCAGCCUUUUCCAUCUUCAGCCCCAAUAGUAUCAAUAUUCUCGCGGGAAUCAAUGGAAUCGAGGUCAGCCAGAGCAUUGUAAUUGCGCUGCUUCUCGCAUUCAAUGAUGCGCUCUAUCUGCUCACCCCAUAUCCCCACCCAGCUACCGACUCACACUUGUUCUCCCUCUACUUCCUCUUACCCUUUCUGGGCGUGAGUUUCGCGCUGCUGAUCCAUAAUUGGUAUCCUGCCCGCGUCUUCUGCGGAGAUACAUACUGUUACUUCGCCGGCAUGGUAUUUGUGGUAGUUAGCAUCCUGGGCCACUUUUCAAAGACCCUGAUUCUGUUGCUGGUACCCCAAAUCUUCAAUUUUGUCUACAGCAUGCCUCAACUGUUCGGGUUAGUCCCAUGCCCGCGUCACCGCCUGCCUCACUUCAAUGCGCGAACUGGUCAACUUGAACCAAGUGUGACCAAGUGGGAGAAAGACAAGCAGCCUCGUCCCGUCAUCGCAAUGGCCCUGCGAUUAUUAUCGCAGCUCAGGUUAUUACGCCUCAAGGAGGAUGAACAGGGUCUAAUUGAGGAGACGAGUAAUCUGACGAUUCUGAAUCUCUGGCUAGUCUGGCGAGGCCCUAUGCGUGAGGACAGGCUCGCCAAGGAAAUAACGGCCCUGCAAGCAGUCCUAGGUCUGUUCGGCCUUUUCGUCAGACAUAAACUGGCCCUCCUCAUCUUUAGAGAGGAUAAUCUAAACAUAAGAAGUGCUGUUUAGCCAGUAGUUUGGCCAGAUUAACUUCUAUAGAUACCCAUUGCAAAUCGUCGUACAAAAGAAAAAAGAAUCCUAAGUAGACCAUGUAUAUAGAACCUCAUGCGAGAUCUGGUAGUAAUCAGAUCGUUGAUUUCCAUGGCAAAUCCCACAUUCCUAAAUGUGUAACCAUGACCCUAUCUGUAGAAACCGAACUAAGCUAAACUCGAAUAUCAUUUUACCCUGUUGAGACUUGCAAUACAAGCCAGACAAGGGGCCGAAAUCUCAUACGUCGUCAUAACCAAGGCUAAAAGCCAGAGUCCUAGCAGGACCCCGGCCAAAGGAUCAUCCCGACCUACAUGUAUUUAUACAUAUAGGUAGGUAAAUAGGUACUUUAGAUUACCAUGUUACAAUUCGAUGCUUGGGUGCUACGUGAUAAUGCCGAGUUGUACCCCCAAGCCAAAGAAAGACAUGCCUUAGGUACCUCCUACGAAGUCUUGUCUCAGCUACAUGUCUCACCUUAAUAACAAGAGCUAUAUACU